UGGUAUACCUAAUUAUAAUGAAUUUGGUAAAUUCAGAAAAUUUUUAGACUUUUGUUCAACAACUAAAGCCACAAGGAGAAUGUAGACUUGUUUAGUAUUUAGAUUACAUUAAAGAUGUCUACGGAUACAGACUUUUCCACAACUACAGUUUUCACAACUCCGCUUACAACAGGAUUCGUGCAAAAUUUUACAACAGGAUUCGUGCAAAAUUUUACAACAGAAUUUAUACAUAAUUCAACAGUUCGUUCAACUGAUAGUCCUUUACCAUUGUGGUCGGGGUUUAUCGGAUGUAUUGUGGCAUCAUUGUUUUUUGGCAGCAACUUUGUACCGGUUAAACAAUUUUCAGCUGGUGAUGGUUUCUUUUUUCAAUUCUGUUUUUGUGUUGCUACAUGGGUUGUUGGUCUCAUCACGGAUUUGAUCGUGAAGAAUCAACGAUUUUAUCCACUUGUACUAAUCGGAGGGGUUUUAUGGACCACUGGAAAUCUUGCAACGGUAUUUUGUAUCAAAACGUGUGGUUUGUCCGUUGGAUUACUUAUUUGGGGUACAUCGAGUUUAAUUGUUGGAUGGGCAGGUGGACGAUUUGGUAUUCUCGGUCUUAAGGCACAAAAACCUGAUCGCACUUGGAAACUGGGGCUAAAUUACACCUCGGUAGUAUUUGCUGCAAUAAGUGGCAUAUUUUUUUUAUUUAUUAAAUCAGAAAAUACUCCACGCAAAGGUCAGGACUAUGAAACCAAAGAACCUGUUAAUGAAUCAGCAGGUGAAUUAGAUACAGAUUUCCCAUUUUUGAACCGUUUAACUCCAUUACAACAGAAAAUUCUCGGUUAUAUAUUAGCAACAUUAGCUGGUGUUUUUUAUGGUUUAAUGUUUAUACCGGAUUCCUAUAUAAGAGAUCAUCCAGACGAGUUCCGUUAUCAGAACGAAGAUCCAUCGUCGAAUGGUUUACAUUAUGUCUAUUCUCAAUAUUCUGGAAUACUGUUAUCUUCAACAUUUUACUUCAUUGUUUAUGCGGCGGCAAAAGGAAACAGACCGAGCAUCAAUCCGAGCAUUUGUUUACCAGCCAUGGUAUCUGGAAUAAUGUGGGCAAUAGCCAAUAUCGGUUUUAUUGUAGCGAUAUCAGCGUUGAAACAAGCGGUAGCUUAUCCCAUCGUUAGUGUUCUUCCAGGCAUCGUUACUUCUCUUUGGUCAUUGUUUUAUUUCCGAGAAAUACGUGAAAAGAGAAGUCUUAUUUUCUUGGGUUGUGGUAUGCUAUUGCGUUGUUUAGCCGCAGUAUUCAGUGGACUCUCUGCGUAG